AGUAAGUUUGAAAGCUACGGAACAGCACCAUGUCUCCCUUCACCAUGUUCGUCCUCUGUCUCCAGCUCUGCCUGAUCCAGUCCGUGCUGAGCCAGAAAUGCUGCGGCUCAGGCAGCAGCUACGGUUCCAGCUCCGGCAGCGGUUGCGGCUCGUACGGCGGGCAGGGCUGCGGACAGGUGGGCGCGGCCGGCACCAUCGACGCGUGCGGCACCACCUGCGUCACCGGCGCCGUGCCCGUGCUCGGCUCCGUCUGCUUCGGCGGCUGCGCGCCCGCAUGCGGCUCCGUCUCCAUCUGCGGACAGUGCGGAUGCGGAUGCAACUAAAUUAUACACUCUCGACGAUUAUCCGAUUCAUUUGAACGCGUGACUUGAAAUAAAGCAAUUGUAAAAAAAACA